UGAUGGGAGCCUGCCUGUGAAUACCAGGUGUUAUAGGCUUGUGCUCCGAGGUGCUCAAAAGUACACGAACAGAUUCUUCAACCUGUACCUCAUACGGCUUUUCGAGUGUUGCUCCCUUGCACGCUAUGUAGUUGCCUGGAAACAAACCACAUCUCAACGUCAUUUGACCAGGUCGUGGACGGAGUUUUCAAAGCCUCAGCAGUGGCCCAGGGGCUGUUCCAUGGAUUCAUCGUGCGGCAAUGCGACUAUGCAUGACGGGAGUCAUGUUAAAAAAUAGCUGACUGUUCCCUUUUAAACAUUUCGCUGACAUUAUCUUGCCCAAGCUGAAUUUUUGUCCUUUCGUAUUUAUUUAUUUUUAUGGGCCGUUCGUGACACUAGUGGUUCAAGAUCUCAUCACACGAAAAUGAAACAUCAUCUCAAUUUUGGUAUCCAUGGAAGCCCAUACCCUUAGAAACCGGCGAAUGAUCGGCCGAGUUCAUCCCGACUCCAGAGGCGGCGCAUAAACGCACGGGCACAAGGGUCAUCACGUCCUCAGGUCGCCAUGUCUGGGGAAGACCAGGGUGACAGGACAGCCCUGCUCGCAGCCGCCACGGCGAAGGCAAUGGCUGCAGACGACGCCGACGAAAAGGCCGAGGCCACGGACAGCUAUGGCUCCACCAAGGAGAAUGGGACGGUGCAGGACCUCUUCCACGAAGAGACUCAGAGCGCUGCGGGUAGCCGGACCCCCUGGUGGAGGAGCCAGUUCUUCGUGCGGGAGCCCGUGCUCUUCGGCAUGUGGGACGGUGUCUUCACCUCCUGCAUGAUCAACAUCUUCGGGGUUGUGAUCUUCCUGCGCACAGGCUGGCUGGUGGGAAAUGCCGGCGUGCUGCUGGGGGUGCUCAUGGUGUUCCUCGUGAUCCUCGUGGCCCUGGUGUCCGUGCUCUCGGGCAUCGGCGUGUGCGAGCGCUGCAAGAUCGGCAGCGGCGGCAUCUACUUCAUGAUUUCCACCGUGCUCGGAGGGAAGGUUGGCGGCACCAUCGGCCUGCUCUACGUCUUUGGGCAGUGCGUAGUGGGCGCUCUGUACGUGACGGGCUUCGCCGAGUCUGUGGCCGACACGUUCGGGCUAUCCAACAUCUGGGCGGUGCGUGGCAUCGCCAUCGGGGUCGUGCUGGGCCUCCUUGGCAUCAACCUGGCCGGGGUGAAGUGGGUCAUCCGCCUGCAACUCGUGCUGCUGGCGCUGCUCGCCGUGUCCAUGCUCGACUUCGUCAUUGGCUCCUUCACGCACCUUGACCCCGAGAAUGGAUUUGUGGGCUACACCGAAGAACUGUUGAAAAACAACACCUUCCCGGACUACACCCCUGGGGAGAGCUUUUUCACGGUGUUUGGGGUCUUCUUCCCCACCGCAACUGGUGUGAUGGCCGGUUUCAACAUGAGUGGAGACCUCAAGACGCCAUCCAAAAACAUUCCCGUGGGGUCCCUGGCUGCAAUUGGCAUCACGUGGUUCCUCUACCUCGUAUUUGUGCUGCUGCUUGGAGCCACAUGCACCCGGGAGGCUCUUCGCGUUGACUUCAUGAUCGCAGAGAAAGUGUCUCUGGUGGGAUUCCUCUUCCUGGUGGGGCUGUAUAUCUCCUCGCUGGCCUCCUGCAUGACGGGGCUUUACGGAGCGCCACGCAUCCUGCAGUGCAUCGCCCAGGAGCGGGUUAUACCCAUCAUCGAAGUCCUCGGCCGAGGGCAUGGCCCAAACAAGACACCUGUUUAUGCUAUUGGUGUGGUGGGCGUCAUUACCACAGCCUUCAUAUUCGUAGGCCAGGUCAACAUCCUUGCGCCCAUCGUCACCAUCAACUUUCUGCUCACCUACGCCACCAUUGACUACUCUUACUUCGCGCUCGCCAUGAGCUACGAUGAGCAGCAGGAGCGAAGGCUGAGGCUGGCCUCUGGUGGCGUAAAGAUGCAGCCCAAGCCGCAGGUUGCAGGUGGCAUCAGGUCUGGACAGCCAAACGCAAGCGGCUACCAGCCUCUGAUCGACAGCAACGGCGAUGGCAACGGCGCAAACAGGGCUGCGGGCCAGGGUUCACUGCAGGAGUUCACCAAGGACAUGGACCUUUUGUUUCCCAAGGAGUCCUCUGGCAGUUCUAAGGCUGACGCCAACAGUGGUCAGCAGCAGGCGCCCAAAAGAGGUCGAUCUCGUAAGGCGGCCAAGGAGACGUUACAGGACAGCUUCAUGCUGGACCUGGAAGGACAGAUGUUUAAGACAAAUGAUCCCGAGAAGAGAAAAUAUGUUGAUCCAAUGAAUGACGUUUCAGCCGAGAGUGACGAGCAGACGAUCCACCAAGAUCCCCUUCAAGACCUAGCCUCUUCGUCGGAUUCUUCCCAGCAGGAACCACAAAGUAAACCUAAGUGGCAACUCAAGAGAGGCUCAUCAGAAAGUGACUCAAAGAAAGAUAUUGCAGAAUCACGAAACCCAUGGGAGGCAGAAAUCAGCCAAAUGUCAAACAAAUUCUACGCAAAAAUGUGCAAUCGCUGGGUUUCCUUGCUUGGGAUGCUCGUCUGUCUCGUGGUCAUGAUGGUCAUCCAGUGGAUCUAUGCGCUCGUCAACCUCGUGGUGGCGCUGCUGCUGCUCAUUUACAUCGGCCAGUCGAGCCCAGGGUUGCCUCCAGGUAUUGCAACAGACUUCAACUUUUUCACUUGGAUAAAGUCCUUGUUCCUGAGAAUGUGCAGGAGAGGACCAGCACCGAAGGAGCAGUUUGUCGUGACUCCAUCCCUCCUGCCGAUGGGCCUCUCAACCACGCAGCUCACGCAGGAGAAUGCGGAUUUUGCCUCGCGUGACCGUUUCCACCAGUCAUCUGUUGUGCAACCUGCAGAAUUCAACCACAAGCAAGAUUAGAAAAGCUGGUUGAUAAGAUUUUACAAUGGAGUUUAUUAUAUAUUUUACCUACGAUAAGUCGCCCGUGACUCCUACCAUUGUCACAGUUUUUUAGAAGUUUCUGUGCUCAAUGUGAUUAGGAGAGCUAAUAAAUGGCAAUCUGGUAUGUGUAUUUUUAACCAAUGUAGCCUAAUUCGUGUACACUCAAAGCUGAAGAGGUACAUGUUGAACAAAAUAAAGAUUAAAAAAUUAGAAUAGGUUUUACCCUUUUUGGCAAUAAAACAGGUGUUAAGAUGUUCAAACACCAAAUAGAUAUAUUUUGAAAGGAAUCAAGUCUGUAUUAACCACACAUACUACGAGUGCUUGAUUCUCUUUUAUCGUUUAAUUACACGUUCUUGUGAUAACCACACGUACUUGUGGUGGUACGCGUGGUUAAUAGACUUGAUUAUCACGAGUGUCAGACCAAAGAACGGCAAAAGGUGAAGAGUACAAAGACAAUGCACAUAUCGGAGCAUUCAUAGCUGGGGCUGAGCAGCUAUAUCAUGGGGCCUUUUUUGCCAGAGCAUCUUAACACCUGUUGUAUUACCAGAAAGGGUAAAACCUAUUCUUAUUUUUCAUACUUUAAUACUGGCAGAAAAGGGCCCCAAAAUAAAGGCUGCUGAAAAAAAUACUGUAUUAUUGACAUGUUUACAAAUGAAAAGAGUGAAUUCUUUUAAACAAAAUGAAAUAUUCACUUGACCAGUGUUUUGCCUUGUGAUGCUUUGAUUUUUCUUAUCAUUUAUUGGUGUAGCUGAUGUGAUUUUUACGACACGCAAAACACAGUGCAAAAGUAAAAUGUGAAAAGUUGAAA